AUUGUGAAAGAACGACGCCGCACUGGCUUGUUUUUCAGAUUUUAUUGAAUUUAAUUUUACAUUCUAAUCAAUUUGUCUUACUAAUAGAAAGGAAACAAACUGAAUCAAAAUGACUACGAUAGGUCCCAAAAAAGACGGCGGACCUAAUGUGGAAUAUUUUCAAUCGCCAGAAUCAUUAGGUCAAUUCGAUCAAAUUCGUGUUUGGUUGCAGAAAAAUUGCAAAAAGCAUGUCCAGACUGACCCCCCCACUAAGGAGGGCUUGGCCCAGCUGGUCGUCCAGCUCAUCCAGUACCAGGAGAAUAAAUUGGGGAAGAAUGCAGCGGACCCACCCUUCUUGAGGCUUCCUAUGAAAGUAUUCAUGGACAUGAAACCGGGCGGUUCCCUCUGCACCGUGCUCGCUACCAUGUUCCGUUUCAAGUCGGAGCAGCGGUGGCGCAAGUUUGACUUCCAGGUCGGUAAGAACCCGUCGCGCAAAGACCUAAACGUUCAGAUGAUGAUGGAGAUUGAAUCCUCGCUCGUGGCGGCUGAGGUGAUCCGCACACCGUGUGUGUAUAUCCGCCCCGAUGUGGAUAAGGCUACUGCGAAUAAAGUGAAGGACAUCGUCAGCCAUCAUCAGGGUGACAUCUGCGAAGACGAAGAGGACGCCACUCACAUAAUCUACCCGACGGUAGAUCCAUUAGAGGAGGAGUACGCCCGGCCGGUGUUCCGGCGCGGCAACCACUCGCUCGUGCACUGGUACUACCUGCCCGACAGCCACGACACCUGGGCGCAGGCCGACUUGCCGGUGGACAUCCCAGAAACAGCGAAUUGGGACUGCAACCGCUCGGAGCCGUGGCGCGUGUCGGCGUCCUGGGUCCUCGACCUGCCGCAGUACAACGAGUGGAUGAACGAGGAGGACUAUGAGGUCGACGUCAACGGGAAGAAGAAGGUGACGAUAACAUAG